UAAGUGUAACUAUAUGACGUCAUAAUGGAGACCCAAACACUGAAAACUGCAGGUCGUCCUCAGAAGAGGACGCCCAAACAAAGCCCUACUCUGCUCACUCGCAUUCCUGUCUUCCACCCAAGCGGACAGCCAUUGCUCCCGCACCGCCGCACGUAAAGGGUGCUUUGAAUGCCCUAAGUUUAAAAUUCGACAGCGUUUGAGCUGAAAUCGAAGCAAGGUGGAUGAUAAAGUGAAAAAUUAUGAACAAGCUGAUUGAAUUCGGAAAGAAAGCUCUGUUCUAUGCGAGGGUUCUUUCGGGCUACGAAGAACGGAGAAUCAGAUCGUUUCGAUUGGAGGUUGAAAAGCGCCUAAAAGAGGCAAAUGCCCGGAAGUUAGCCUUAAGAAAGAUCCCUGAACAAACUAUAUUAUCGGAGGUUCGUCGUAUGGUUGAGGAGAUGCAAACUUUAAAUAGGAAGCUGGAAGAAACUGAGGCUCAAAUUGAAGAGUACUUCAAGCCGAUUGACAAAGAGGCUGAGAUGAUCAUGAAAACACAACUUGAAGGAGAGGAGAGGACCAUGAAGGAGAUGAUGAAAGCCAUGCAUCAGCAGGCUUUGCUUGAGAAAGCUGAAGCGGAGAAAGACGCACAAAAGAAAUUGGAAACAAACCAGAAGAACCAAGAAUCAAUACCCAAGACACAGCAUCUGCCACCGCCCCCAUGAAGCUUAGGUGAGAUGAUUUUGUAAUAAGAAUAUAAUGUAGCUUUAGGAUGAUUCCUGCAAGUGCGUUUUCAGUUUUGGCUUUUUCACAAACCCUUUUUUUAUAUGAAUAUAGAAGUACUUGUUUUACGACAUCUUUGAUUUUAAGUUGGGAUUUGACCUGGCUACGGAGUAUUUAUAUCAUGUCACACUUAUACA